AUGGUGCGGGAUCGGGAACCAGCCGUCUGUGAACAGCACCGUUGGACCAGUGUCUCGCAUGAGGGCUACCAUUGCCACGACACCUUUCUGUACCCCGUGCCUUCGCCAGAUCUUGGGGCAUUCUAUCUGGUUUGGAGGAGAUCAUGGUCGGAAGCCGCUGGUAGCUACAGGGCUCACCUGAAAAGCAUUGGGUCGAAGGAGUUUCGAACUGGCCGCAGCGUGUACGAAGAUGCCAUCAUGGAUGCCACAGAUGGUAAACUGACCUUGGUCCGCCGGCCUGAAGAGGCCGGUCGGGGGCCCACGGUGCUGGCGCUGGUCAAGGGCGAAGCGAUCGUGAAUGUCGUCUCGGCGAGGAAUGGCCCGACGGUGGAGAUUGUACACCUCACCGACGGUGGAAAUCAUCGAAGAGUGCUCUGGCGGCAGAGCGAGGCCACCGAGCUUUGUGCGGCCUUUGAAGGCCAACUUCGGAUCCAGCAGAUGUUGUUUGUCCAAGAGAUGGUCUACCUGCUGGCCAAACGAUGUGCAGAUGACGGUGGCCACAAAGACUCCGACAAGACGGGCGUCAUCCUGCAGGGUGUCCUCGACAUGGAAAAGGGAGUGCUGUCUUUGUCCAGAUGGGCUGAUCUGGAGAGGAUCGAGUCCCACAAUGGGCUUGGCGGCUACGUGGGCGUCAAUGCCAAGGGUUCGCGGCUUUACUUCUUUGAUGCCUGGAAGGAGCAGAUGUUCACCGUCUCGGCUGACACCCUGCAGCGAAGUGAGGUGCCCUUGCCACCCUGGGACUUUGAAGGGCUUCCCCAUGACGCGAGUGUCUGGUGCCAAGUGGAUCCUCACACGGAGGACCUCUACUUCCUGCAUGACUUCGCCCUCAUCACAUUUCGGGGCCAAAACGACUUCGGCGAUGACGACGAGCCCGCGGGGCCCCCUGGUCCAGACGACGACGAAGCGUGCUUGGAGCGCUCCGACGAGCUGGAUGGGAACACCUGCACAGUGUAUCGGCUGCGUGCGAGCGGCGAUGGGCCUGAGCGCUACAAGGCCUCCAAAUACGUGUCACACGACCUCUUGAGGAACCUUCAGGUGCUGUGUCUGGUGAGAGACUUGACGAACCGGCAGCGCAGGACGUGA